AUGCUCAAGGGAGGCCUGCCACGGUUCUACGUGCCCCUCCUGGAGAAGAGCCAGCCGAGAGACCUCCAAUCGACCCCUCUCUCCUGCCGUUCCAUCACCUCCAGAGCCCUCUCCGCGACCCUCCUCUUGGCCCUAGGCGUCAUCCUCGGGUCCACCUUUUCAGUCUUCUCCUCCUACCAACCUCCCCCGCUGGCCGUUGCACUACCUCCCAUCCCCACAAACACCGACCUCCCCGUCCCAUCCCUACCACUCCCACGCGAACCUAUCCCCAACAUCGUCCACUAUGUCUACGGGCUGGACCCAGACUCAACCCGGGAGGACUUUCCAUACUAUGCCUACCUCGCCAUGCGCUCUGCCCUGGUUACGCUGAAGCCAGAAAAGGUCCUCUUCCACUGUCUCUACGAACCCAGAGGCUACUGGUGGUCCCGCGUCGUCAACUGGGAGGGCUGGGUCGACGACGAGGGACAGCGCAAAGGUCUCGUGGAAAUCCACAGGGCGAGAGAUGUCACCACGAUAGGGAGUCACAAGAACCCAGUGACAAAGUUCGCCCACAAGGCCGACAUCAUCCGUCUCGAAGUCCUCCUUCAACACGGCGGAAUCUACCUCGACAUUGACACGUUCAUCCUCCGUUCCUUCUCCAAACACUCUCUCCUCGCUUACGACACCGUCAUGGCCAUGGAAGCCGCACAAUGGGACCUCGGUGACUCGAUGGACCCCAAGGGGCUGUGCAACGGCAUCAUCGUCGCGAGAAAAGGAGCCACCUUUCUCGAACGCUGGCUGGAAACUUAUGAGACGUUUAACGGGCACAAGUGGGCUGAUCACUCGGUCCACAUGCCCUGGGUUCUCGCCAAACUGUACCCCGAAACCAUCACCGUGCUAUCCAACAGGGCGUUCUUUUGGCCGUUGUGGAUCAGCAGUCACAUCAGCCUCGUGUACAAAUCGACCGACUACGAUUUUGAAGCCUCUGGCCAGCUAGCCUAUCACGCCUGGGAAUCCAAAGCCAAAUCCCAUCUCCGCGCUCUGAACCCGAGCACUAUCCAAUCCAUCACGACCUCGUUCACCAUCAUGGCCCGCAAAUACAGGGAGCACAACGAGGAGAGGAACUGGAAAGCACAGUUGUAG